GCAAAUUGUGUUAAAAAUUUAGAGCACCUCUUGGCAGCUUGUACCGUACAUCUCUGGUAUCGAAUUUAACACAAUUCGUUUUACAGAAGAUAUGUUGUACAAUCAUUUCCAUUAUGCAAUAUUUUAAACACUUUAUACUGUUUAUAUCAAAUUGUAUCUGUUUGUUUUCAUCCAUUAAUCUAGUUUCCUUUCUCACGCUAAUUGUCUAAAUUCAUUUAAAUGCAUAAAGUUGAAAAGAAAGAAACAAAUGAAUAGAGAUAGCCGUGUCCGUACAGUUGCUAUGACACGAAGGGGGACAUUAAAUACAAUAUCAUUAAUAGAUUUACAAAUUUAAGUACAGAUUUUCCCAUGUUUGUGCUCUGCGUGGAGCAGUGUAAUGCCUCUGCCUACGUCAAACCUGUAUACAGUUUGUGUCACACAUGUAAUUUGUUUUUACAGACAAAAUAUAUGUCGCUGGUGGAUAUGAUAAAUAUGACAAUUAUUUGAUGACGGUGGAGGUGUAUGACCCAGUCACCAACCGAUGGACGUUCGUUGCACCAAUGCUUUGUGGACGUCGAAAUCAUUGUUGUGUCGCCUUCCACGGCAGUCUGUACGUCCUAGGAGGAGACAAUAGUACAUACAACAAGCUCAUAACCGAAAAGUAUGACCCUGCAGAAGACACGUGGACCGAGAUCCCUCACAUCAACUACCAUUCAACAUGCUUAAAAGCAGAAGUGAUCGACAAGCUUAUUGUCAUUUGUGAUUAUUUUGACGGUAUCAAAAUUUACAAUGAAGAGGAAAAUACAUGGUACCAGGCGACAGAAAGUAAUGUUUAUAGAUUCGGGAUGUCGAUUUGUGUCGUCAACAACCUACCGAAUGCAAAAGAUUACGUCUACAAACACAGGGACAAAUUGGUGAAGGGGAAACGUAAGAAAAUUGUUGGCUUAGGAAACCCAGUGGCAGCAAGCAUUUUAUUACAACGUCAAUUUUAAUUAAGUUCUUCAAGAAAAUAAUGAAGAAAACGGGGAUUUGAUGUAAUAACCAAGAAGAGAAAUAAACAGAAAUAUCUUUUGCGGCAAAGACGGAAAUAUUAAU